UGAACAAACAGAGGCAGAAAAAUAGCAAAAAGUACUUCCUUCCUUCCUCAAACGUCAUUUCCGGCUUGAUUCAGCGUGGUGUGUGGCGGAAAGAAGCUAAGGUAGCGUUCUCGUAUAGUUAAAGAACUAUGGCCGCCGAUGACAUGACGGACGAUUACCCUAACGAGAUAGACGAGCAGCUGAAAGGGUUCGACUCGUCUGUGUCUGCUGUUAAAACCAUGUUGGACAAACUGAUGUCGGUACCCAGGAAUGAUCAGCAGCAGAAGCUGGACCCGCUGGACCAGGCCAAGCUGGAUCUAAUGUCUGUUUACACCCUCAAUUCUUUAUACUGGAUGUACUUAGUAACACAAGGUGUCAAUCCCAGAGAUCAUGGCGUCAAACAGGAACUGGAACGAAUCAGGAAGUACAUGAACAGAGUGAAGGAGAUCACAGACAAGAAGAAAGCAGCCCGUCUGGAUAAAGGAGCCGCCGGCCGCUUUCUAAGGCAUGCCCUCGCUGAUCCGAAAGAGCGAGAAUCCAAGAAAAAGGCAGCGGCGUCCGGCAAAACCUCAGAUGUGACGCCAUCAAAGCGUGCAAAGAAGAGUUGAGAUGGACUAAUGUGAUGUACAGCUGCUCUGAAAUACAACAAUGUAAUUUUUUUAAUGAC